AUGCAUGCCCAGUACACCUCUAAUCCUCCGCCUGCGCCGGCCCCUUUCACCCCAACACAGACGCUCCUUCCCGGGCCCUUCAUCCUGCUUAUCCUCCUUCCCGUCAUCCCCCUCCUCCUGUUCUCCCUUGGUGCCCGUCCGCCCAAUACCUCUUCUCUGCCAUUCUCUACCAAUGAACUGUUUGUGACGACAACAAUGAUAUGCCUUGCAACCGGUGCCGUGCUGUUGCUGGGCGUCUAUCCUGAUGUCGGGGGACAGAUUUGGGGCUGGAUCAGAGAUGGAGAUUUGAAUACAUGGAGUCCCGGUCUAGGUGGGCCACCGGUACAGGGUACAGGCUUUCUGGGCGCCAUCAUGGAAGAACUUGGUCUCAAAGGAAUCGAUGGCCAGAUGGGCCUCUGGACAAGCGCAGGUUCAAAAGCUAUUCGGCAUGAAGGUGAAAAACCCGCGCCCAUUUGGGUUUGGAACGAGAGGUACAGGAAGUGGGUACUUGCUCCUGCGCCUUUCGUUCCAGAAUCGGCCAGAGGUGCACCGGUCACUUCUCGCACCAUGGCACACAAUCAUCUCACUGCCUUGCGUACCGCCCACUCGAGAUGGUACUCACCAAAACGCCCCAGCCUCAUCCUUGCCCUGUUCUUUAUGAGCUGUGUGGUCUUCCUUUUCAUUGUGCUGUGGGGCAACCAUCUCCGAUCGGCAUAUGAAACGGAAUCUUCAUCGUCUGGCGGUGAAUCAGGAGGGUCCAGAGGUGGAUUAUCCAUGUGGGUUGAAAGAGAGUUGUGCAAGCGUAAAGCCGAGAAGCCGGCCGACACUGUCAAGCGUGUCAAACAAGAAGCGCCAAAAGAAGCUGCGACGGAAAAGAAGAAGGGACAGGAAAAGUAUGCAGAGUGGAAGAAGAAGAGAGAGAAGGAAAAGGCGCAGUUGAUUAAAGAGUUGACGAAACGAAAGUUACCGUUGGCGGAUUUGGAGAGCAGUAGCAAAGAUAAGGGCAAGGAUGCGAAAGCGGGUGAAGGAGAAGACGGGGAGAAGGAGAAGGUGGAGAAGAAGCCCGGACAAGAGGAAGAGGCGAAGAAAAGCACCGGGUCUCGAAUUUAA